UUCAGGAAACCAGGUUAAUGGUGACAUGACAUACCACUUCCAAGAUGGAGACACUAUAACACCAGCAUCUUUCCUGAAUGAGAUUAAAGCACAAAGCACACCUAUAUCUGGUUCAGCUGUGGUUCAGACCACGAUGGUCUUCAAUUCCUCAUCUCCUGUUCCCAGUGAGAGUUUGGUCCUCAGUGUAAUCCAGACUCUUCUGAGUGCUCGACUCACAAACCUCACUGACUCUGUAAAAGUGCUGAACUUCACCUAUGAGAAAACUUCAGACUUCUGCUAUGCGUUAAAACUCAAAUUCCAGAUCAGUAACGUCAGCAUGUCACAGAACCCUGAAUUAGUGAAUGAUACCUACAACCAAGUGGAGAGCAUCAUCAACAAUGUUUUAAACACACUUCUAAAUGAACCUGCUGCCAAACCGUUCGAACCCCAGAGCUCUCUCUUCACGAGUUCAGGAAACCAGGUUAAUGGUGACAUGACAUACCACUUCCAAGAUGGAGACACUAUAACACCAGCAUCUUUCCUGAAUGAGCUUAAAGCACAAAGCACACCUAUAUCUGGUUCAGCCGUGGUUCAAACCACGAUGUUCUUCAAUUCUUCCUCUCCUAUUCCCAGUGAGAGUUUGGUCCUCACUGUAAUCCAGACUCUUCUGAGUACUCGACUCACAAACCUCACUGACUCUGUAAAAGUGCUGAACUUCACCUAUGAGAAAACUUCAGACACCCGCUAUGCUGUAAAACUCAAAUUCCAGAUCAGUAACGUCAGCAUGUCACAGAACCCUGAAUUAGUGAAUGAUACCUACAACCAAGUGGAGAGCAACAUCAACAAUGUUUUAAACACACUUCUAAAUGAACCUGCUGCCAAACCGUUCGAACCCCAGAGCUCUCUCUUCACGAGUUCAGGAAACCAGGUUAAUGGUGACAUGACAUACCGCUUCCAUGAUGCAGACACUAUAACACCAGCAUCUUUCCUGAAUGAGCUUAAAGCACAAAGCACACCUAUAUCUGGUUCAGCUGUGGUUCAGACCACGAUGGUCUUCAAUUCCUCCUCUCCUGUUCCCAGUGAGAGUUUGGUCCUCAGUGUAAUCCAGACUCUUCUGAGUGCUCGACUCACAAACCUCACUGACUCUGUAAAAGUGCUGAACUUCACCUAUGAGAAAACUUCAGACUUCCGCUAUGCGGUAAAACUCAGAUUCCAGAUCAGUAACGUCAGCAUUUCACAGAACCCUGAAUUAGUGAAUGAUACCUACAACCAUGUGGAGAGCAUCAUCAACAAUGUUUUAAACACACUUCUAAAUGAACCUGCUGCCAAACCGUUCGAACCCCAGAACUCUCUCUUCACGAGUUCAGGAAACCAGGUUAAUGGUGACAUGACAUACCACUUCCAAGAUGGAGACACUAUAACACCAGCAUCUUUCCUGAAUGAGCUUAAAGCACAAAGCACACCUAUAUCUGGUUCAGCUGUGGUUCAGACCACGAUGGUCUUCAAUUCCUCCUCUCCUGUUCCCAGUGAGAGUUUGGUCCUCAGUGUAAUCCAGACUCUUCUGAGUGCUCGACUCACAAACCUCACUGACUCUGUAAAAGUGCUGAACUUCACCUAUGAGAAAACUUCAGACACCUGCUAUGCGGUAAAAUUCACAUUCCACAUCAGUAACAUCAGAAAAUCACAGAACCCUGAAUUAGUGAAUGAUGCCUACAACCAAGUGGAGAGCAUCAUCAACAAUGCUGAAGGACACGUGAUGAAGUGA